AUAAAUCCAACAAUGGCGGACGUCACAGCUAGUUCAGAGCCCACGCUCGAGAAGGAGACAGAGCUUGCUACUAACCCUACUGAGGGCGAGAGUGCUGAGAAGAAGGAUGCUCCAGCUGCGACUUUGACCGAACAGGCAACCAGUGCUGCAUCCACUGCUGCAUCCGCCGCAACCAACGCUGCUUCCGGCGUCGCUGAUAAUGUCUUCUCUAUGUUUGGAGGCGGCGCGAAGAAGGAUAAGGUUGAUGAGGAGGAAGACCGUGGUGACAACUCUGGGAGCGCAAAGGCUCAGAAGGCGAAGGCUGCUGAGGAGAACCCUGAGGAGGAAGCACCAGAGUCAGAAGACGUGCACUUCGAGCCCGUUAUCCGCCUUACCGAGAAAGUCGAUGUCAAGACUAACGAGGAGCUCGAGGAGCAGGUUUUCAAGAUGCGCGCCAAGCUGUUUAAGUUUGUCAAGGACAGCAAUGAGUGGAAGGAGCGUGGAACUGGUGACGUUAGGUUGUUGAAGCACAAGGAGAACGGGAAGACUAGAUUGGUUAUGCGAAGAGAUAAGACUUUGAAGGUCUGCGCCAACCACUAUGUCGUCCCUGAGAUGAAGCUCUCUCCCAACGUCGGAUCCGACAGGAGUUGGGUUUGGAACGCCGCUGCUGAUGUUAGUGAGGGGGAACCAGAGGCUCAGACUCUUGCCAUUCGAUUUGCCAACUCCGAGAAUGCAAACCUUUUCAAGGAAGCUUUCCUCAAGGCCCAACAGGAAAACGAGAUCCUCUUCUCCGACAAGUCGUAA